UUUAAAAAAUCAGAGCCCAUAAAAAACCGAGAUAACGGGUUCUCGGAGCGAGACGGUAAAAGAACCAACAGAACAAAACUAUGGAAGGCGUAGGCUCCAGAUUGGGCCGCUCGUCGUCUCGUUACGGCCCAUCAGCAACCACCGUGUUCAACGGUCCGGUGAGAAAAUGGAAGAAGAAGUGGGUCCACGUAAGUCCCACCACUUCUACCACCGGUAACCGCCACAAUUCUCACUCUAACAGCCGCUUCAACAACAACAGCAGCAGUAGCAACUCUCGUCUCGUCCUUUGCCGGUGGACCCCUCUCUCCUCUUCCGCCUCCACCGCCGCUGCCGGAGUAGAUAACUCAGCUUCCCCUGAGGAGCCUCCGAAACGGAAGUUCCGUUACACUCCGAUUGGUGUACUAGAAGAGAAGAGAAAAGCGGCUAAAAAGGAUGAGAAUGAAAGUAAUGAAGGUGUAACUAACCAAUUGACUCCAAUGGAAACUCCCAAGAAUGAUAGUGACUCUGAGACGAAGACUGAAAAUCAGGAUUCAAACAUGAGUAAUUUGGAUCUGGGGUUGUGCUUGAAAGGCCAUAAUAAUGACCAUGAUUCUGCUGAUGAGAGUAAUGGUGGUCAAGUUAAGAAAUCAAGUUCAGGUGGCUUUUGGACACCCAGUUGACAUCAAACAGCUCUAUUAUUAGAGUCAUCAUGCUUAAAUAUCCUUAGUACUCUAUUGUAGGAGGAGCAUCAUUGCUUCUUACUGUAAUUGUGAUUUGUAAUUUGUAAUUGAUGGUAGUAGACUCCGGUGGAGUUUAUUGAUGAAUGUUUUAGGUUAGUUAUUGGGAUUGUACAUAGUUGUUAACUUGUGAUGUUUACCACUAGGGGUGGCGUGAAUGAACGAGUCGAAACACUGUUAAAUUUGAUUCUAAAUUCAAAUUUCGACUCGAGUUCAAUCUAA